UUGUAUCAAAGUCUGUUACUUGUAAUAUGUGACUAUUUGACCUAUGGAACUUAAUAUAUGUAUUUGAAAUAUUGUAUACUAGACACGCAUGUGUAUUUGUAAAUAUGUAUAUACUAUUCAUGUUAAAUGUAACAUUAAGGUUAAUAGAAUUUAGUUAGAGAAUAAAUGUUAUACACUCAUAUCUGAAUUUUAAAAACUGUUAAAAUGUUGCGAAGACGGAAUGUUAAUAUUAAAACUGUCAAAGAAUUGGAUGGAUUUCCUAAAGUUCCUGAACCAUAUGUAGACAAAACUGCAGUUGGAGGAACAUUCUCUAUAUUUACAAUCUGCACUAUUGCAUAUUUAAUAAUAGCUGAAACAAGUUAUUACCUUGAUAGCAGACUACAAUUUAAAUUUGAAACAGACACAGAUAUUGAUGCAAAAUUGAAAAUAAAUAUUGAUAUCACUGUUGCUAUGACAUGUAGCCGUAUUAGUGCCGAUGUCUUAGAUUCUACAAAUCAAAAUAUGAUUGGACAUGAAUCAUUAGAACAAGAAGACACAUGGUGGGAAUUGACACAAGAGCAGAGAUCUCACUUUGAAGCUUUAAAAGAUGUGAAUUCUUAUCUAAGAGAGGAAUACCAUGCGAUUCAUGAAUUAUUAUGGAAAUCUAAUCAAGUUACUUUAUAUAGUGAAAUGCCAAAACGGACCCAUCAACCUAGUUAUCCACCAAAUUCAUGUCGCAUUCAUGGCAGUUUAAAUGUUAACAAGGUUGCUGGAAAUUUUCAUAUAACAGCUGGAAAAUCAUUAUCAUUUCCUAUGGGACAUAUACAUAUUUUAACUUUCAUGACGGACAAAGACUAUAACUUUACUCAUAGGAUAAAUAAAUUUUCAUUUGGAGGACCUAGUCCAGGUAUUAUUCACCCAUUAGAAGGGGAUGAAAAAAUUGCUGACAACAAUAUGAUUUUAUAUCAGUAUUUUGUGGAAGUGGUUCCCACAGAUAUACAGACUCUACUGAGCACUUCCAAAACUUAUCAGUAUAGCGUAAAAGAUCAUCAAAGACCAAUUGAUCACCAAAAAGGAUCUCAUGGAAGUCCAGGAAUUUUUUUUAAAUAUGAUAUGAGUGCUCUUAAAAUAAAAGUUACUCAACAACGUGAUACAGUGUGUCAAUUUCUAGUGAAAUUAUGUGCCACUGUUGGAGGUAUUUUUGUUACAAGCGGUAUGGUAAAAAGUAUUGUACAAAGUUUUUGGUAUAUUUUGUGUUGCAAAUUUUUUGCAACUAAAGAAAACAGAAGUGACCAAAAGUACCCCAUUCCACCUACUACCUCAAACUAUCAAUCGUUUGACACAGCAAAUCUUCUGAAUAUUUCAGCUCCAGAAAAUGUGGAUAUUGUGUUUAAACCUCAAUAAAAGUAAUCUUUUAAUUUAAUAGUAAAAUAAUUUUUAAAUAUACAAAGCUAAUAAUCAAUAAA